AGGUAAAGUUGACUCUAUUAGUUGGUUUUCAGAUUGAUUUAGAGUCGAUUGAAUUCUAAGUCAAUCAAUUUAUCAUGUAAAACCGAUCAAUUCUAUGAAAAUUCAAUCUCGAGUAAAGUCAGAUGAUUUCGAAUACAAUUCAGAUAUGGAUUGAUAAAUCGGAUCGAGUCAUAUUGUCAAAUCUGAUUGCAUAGACUUUAGUCUUUAGAGCAUGAACUUUGUUGGGCUUCAGAUUCAGAACUUCUAAUGGAUCAAAAUGUCAAAUCCCCUCAAUAAGCUAUCCAAGCCAAAAGGCAAAAAAUUAAAAAGAAAAAGAAAAAAGGUUGGUUAAACACUUAAACUGUCGCAAAACUGCCAACUACAUUCUUCAAUCAUCAAUUCUUAGCUAUAGUUCUAGGGUUUUUCUGGACAACAAAAAUCCCCUGCAAUUUCAUCAAAUUAAUCUUCAAUUCUCCUUUAUUUUAUCAAUGGAUCGUCGAUCGAAUUACCCUUAUUCUCGCCGAUCAAAACCCCAAAAAAGUUACGCCGAAGAAGAAGAUGAUGACGAUGAAAACGACGUCGUUCUUGGAGCAAUCGACGAUUCCGAUGAAGAAGAAGAUGACGACAUCAAUGACGAAGACUUCAACGGUCCUGGGCGUCGCCGCACAUCCACUCGACAUCGCCAGAAGCAGAGAAAGCUCUCUACUUGGAAUUACCAUUCUACCCCUAAAUCCUCCGGCAUGGAUUCCGAUUGGUCGGAGCAGGGUACUUUCGUCCUUUUGGAAAUCUGGGGUGAGAGGUUUCUUCAAUUGGGUAGGAGUAGUUUGAGGAGUGAGGACUGGAACGAAGUCGCUGAGCGAGUUUCGGAGGCGACGCGGUCGAAACGCUGCGUUUCGGAUUGUAGAAGUAGGUUGAAUGCAUUGAAGAUGAAGUAUAAGAGAGAGAAAGCUAAAGUGAUUGGCUUAGGAAUUGGGAGUAGCAAAUGGGUAUUCUUCAAGAAAAUGGAUGUUUUGAUGACAAUGUCACCUAGGCAAUUGCAACAGCAAGAGCAAUGUGGGUUAGCUUGUGGGGUUGAUUCGGGCGAGUUCGUGUUUAUGAACCCGAGAGUUUACUUGGAUCAUUCUAAUGCAUCUGAUGAGAUGAGGGAUAGUCCAGGGAAUUCGGAGUCCGAGUGUGGGGAAGAUGAUGAUGAUGAGGAAGACGAGGAUGAGGAAGAGGCGGAAGAGUCAUAUAGAAUGUUAUCGGAGUCGAUUAAGAGGGUUGGGGAGAUAUAUGAGAAGAUGGAGGAUAGUAAGAAGCAACAUAUGGAGGAAUUGGAUAGGAUGAGGGAGGAGUUUCAGAGAGAAUUGGAAUUGCAAAAGAAGGAGAUGCUUGAUCGAACUAAGGUUGAGAUUGCGAAAUUAGGACAAAAGGAUGAUCAGGAACAGGACAGUGAUUGUUCUGUUGAGAAUGUGUGAGAGAUGAAGUGGAUGCUAUUGGAACUUUCGGGAGGGCGAAUAUGAUGAGGACUGCCGUAUGUUUUUCGAUGGGCUAGCUUGACAGGUGCCUUCUGUGUGCAGAAAUGCCUAAAUGUGCAAAGCCUCAGGGAUGUUUCUUUUCAAGUUUCUAACAUGUAACUUUUUCAUUGUCCCUUUAGCUUUUGAUCUAUGUUUUGUUUUGGUAUCAGUUGGCAAAGCAUUAAUUUAACAGAAAUGUACUGUUAUUAGAAAAAUUACAGCAAUAGAAAAACUUUCUUCAGCAUCAGCUGGUUACUGUAUAAUAUUUCCAUCUUGUUUUUGUGAUCUA